AGCCGCUACUAUUUUGAGAACAGCUCAACUCGAGUCCAGAGCAGCUUCGUGUUUUCGGGACCCAUGUUUGUCAUUUUGAUGGGGAUGAUGGUGACUUUGGUCGUUGUGAUAGUUUUGGGUAACGCACUGGUCAUUUUGGCCUUUAAAGUGGACAAGAGUUUGAGGAGACAGUGUAAUUACUACUUCCUGAAUUUGGCAAUAUCAGAUUUUCUUGUAGGUGCAUUCUGCAUCCCGGUCUACAUGCCUUACAUCCUCACAGGCAGGUGGACGCUGGGCCGAGGGCUGUGCAAGCUGUGGCUGGUCAUGGACUACCUGCUCUGCUCCGCGUCCGUCUUCAACAUUGUCCUCAUCAGCUACGACCGCUUCCUGUCCGUCACCAGAGCAGUAAGUUACCGUGCCAGACAGGGCAUGACUCACCAAGCCAUAAUCAAGAUGAUUGCCGUCUGGGUGCUAGCCUUUGUCCUGUACGGCCCAGCUAUCAUAUUCUGGGAGCUGGUGGUGGGCAGAAGCAGCGUGCCAAAGGAUGAGUGCUUUGCGGAGUUCUAUUACUCUUGGUACUUCCUGCUGAGUGCCUCCAUGCUGGAGUUCUUCUCUCCUUUCAUCUCUGUGGCUUUCUUCAACCUCAGCAUUUACCUCAGCAUACGCAGGAGGAGGCUCCACAGCAGGGAGGCCCAGCUCCACCUUCAACUGAGCGAGCCCGCCUCUGCCCAGGGGAAAGGCAUCCCCCUGUCCCAAAACUGGGGGUGUGGGAUGAAACUGGCUGUAAGAGGCUCUAUCCACUCCCAGACCUCCUCUCCCAGUUUGGGUAAACUAGAUCCCUCAACCAGCAGGGCUGCCCAGCCUAGCCGUCUGUCCAGGGAUAAGAAAAUUGCUAAGUCCCUGGCCAUCAUAGUGUGUGUGUUUGCCAUCUGCUGGGCACCGUACACCCUACUGAUGAUCAUCCGUGCUGCCUGCAGAGGGCGGUGCAUCCAGCAUCACUGGUACGAGGUCACCUUCUGGCUCCUGUGGCUCAACUCGGCUAUUAACCCAUUCCUGUACCCGCUUUGCCACAGCAGCUUCCGCAGGGCCUUCAGCAAGAUUCUCUGCCCAAGGCGGCAUACUACUCCCCCAUCAUCUGUCCUUCGUGUUGGCCAGUGACGAGCAGAUACCCAUGGAAGGAUGGGGGAGAACAAUGUGCCAAAACUAUGGAUGGAAAUAUUAAAAAUUCAACACAUAAAUUACAGUUUCAGCAGAUGAGACUAAACUGUGCACCAGAAUUUGUCAUAUAGACCAUAACUAGUUUUCAAUUGUGCUUUUCCGUGUUUGGAUGUAUAAGGUUGGUACUGUAAGGUAUGAUGUUAUUUACAAUUCACUGUCUUCACAUGUAAAGUAUGAAUUAACAUCCAUCAUAGGAAUGAAAUACUUCUCCCAACCAGGUUUCACACACUGUAACACCAAGUCUUGAAUGCCAUACAAGCUAGAUAUCAUUUAACCAGUUAUGUUGUCCACUUUUUUAAGUUAUGCAGCUGUAAUCUUGAAUUUAUAUACAUUAUAUUGAGGAAUUAUAUGUAAGUGUUGCUCUCACUGUGAUAUCCCUGCUCCAGCUGAAGUAAAACAGAUCACUAUCACCCUCUGCUGUUAGAAACUUUACUGCUAUUAAUAAUUCAUAUUACAGAAGCACAGUGAUGAAAAAGUGCCAUUAAGAAUACAUGUAUGUAAUGUGAAAUGUGUUAAGAUAGGUAUUAUAUAGUAGAUUAUUACAUUUCUCCACACUCUGAGCACAUUGUCUGCACAGUCAUCACCCCAUGUUAAAACAUAAAUACCUUCUUUGCUGUACUGUAACAAACUAGAGAAACAGAUUAAACAUUUAUAUUUAUUUUUAGUAAUUUUGAGCACAUCCAUUUAUGUGAAAGAGAGAAGCAAUCUGUUUACAAUCAAUGCCAAAACACCAUCUUACUGUGGCCAGCAGAUGCAUGUUUACUUUUGUGCCACUAGAUGUCACCAUUAGCCUUUACAGCUUCCUGUGUGUGCAGUGCUCCAGCAUCAAGCUACAAUUCAUCACAGAGUGAAGUCAGUGUCUGAGACUAGCUUCACAGUUUCCAUUAGCUGUUUUACUUUAUUGUUCGUGUUUGAAUUGUUGGUUAAAUACAUGCUUUAUUUUUGCACCAGGACCCUGACUGAUUGAAACUGUAAUCGAGGAAUGUAACCUAAUAAUCAUCGGUCUAUAUGAAAUUACACAGUGCUCCCUUUUUAUUCACAGCGAGCCCUUUCACUGUCACUUGUAAUUGCAAUACUUAAACAGUUACAGUACGUCCAAUGCUUUAGUAAAUGUUUGAUAUGGUGCUUUAUAAGUGCUGUUAUGCUCUAUAUUUUUUUUGUUUGUGUAACUCAAAUAUAGGAGUGGUUGCCUAAAUGUUGUCCUCAUGGCUCAGAGGAAAGUUACACUAUACUGUGCUUAUUUUAAGUGAAUUAUAUUUAUAAUUUUCCAAAGUAAACACGUCUCUGUUACUAGCUGAGGAUCUUUAUGCACAACAUAAAAUAAAUGAAUUAAGCCCUGUGAUGCA